GUUCUCUUCUCUGUCCUUGCGCUCCUGCAUGUCUCGCAGCGAGAUGGAUAUCGACAUUGCGUCUCAGAUGCUUAUCGCUGAACUCCUCAACGAUGAGCUCAACGACAGAUUGUCCUCUCAGUACGCUGAACAGCUCCAGGCCAAUGAACUAUCUGCGGUUGAACUUCAUGAAGGCGGGACCGCCGCGACCCCGAAGCCAGAGGUCGUUGCGCCUGCUGUCGAUGACUUCGAAAUGGCGCUUCGCUUGUCUGCCUCUGACACCCGUGCCUGUGGAGAUGCGGCACUCGCGGCGAAGUACCAGCUACAUCUCGACGCUAGCUAUACGGCUGGACGCCAAUACGCACAACAGGUCGCCGCCGCGGAGGCCAAGCUUAUUUUAGACGCCGAAUACGCAAAACGAGUCCAAGCUGCAUAUGAUGACGGUGCUCCCGAAGACGUUAACAUGCAAGAGGUUGACCGAUUCCUCACUGCUGAUACAAUCAGUAACAUUAUGUCGACGGACCCUAACUCCAAAGGCAAAGGCAAGGCGAAGGCAACUACAACAACGGGUCCAGAACUGCCUUCCAUCAUUGAACAACCAUCCAUCAAGUCUUCUCCCGCAACACCUUACACAUGUUGUGGGAUCUGUAUGGAACCUUUUCAGCCCACGAACUCGCCGGUUGCUGCUACAACUACUGCGACGUCUCAUGAUAGGGUAGCAUUCGGUCUCUUCUUACCUUGCCCAGGAAGCCACGGAUAUUGUAUCUCCUGUCUGUCCACAUACAUUACUAGCAAGUUAGACCCCGACGAAGAUGGUGGGGGUCGUAUGGAUAUCGUUGUCUUCCCUCUUCUCUGUCCAGAAUGCUCCUCGCAGGAGUGGCCGCAGGGAAUUGAGGAUGGAGUAGCGAAGCGCGUGCUUAGUGAAAAAGCCAUGGUGUUGUGGCACCACCGAAAACUGCUGGAUUCUCAACCUCGCUAUUUCUGUCCCAAUCCACGUUGCUCCGCUCUCGUCGAAGUCGAAGAAAAUCCAGAUGAUCCUCAGGCAGAGUGUCCCGCUUGUCGUCAAUUGCUUUGUAUACCGUGUCGAUCAUCUUGGCAUGAUGGUAUAUCGUGCGAGGAAUCUCAGUCCAUGCCGUUAGAAGAUAGGUCCCCCGACGAUCUUCUUGCGCUCCAAGUUAUAAAAGCCCACAACUGGAGAAGAUGUCCGAAAUGCUCCUACAUUGUCGAGCUCGUCGUCGGCUGCAAUCACAUUACAUGCCGCUGCAAGACAGAGUUUUGUUUCAAAUGUGGAUCUCUUUGGGAUAUCGCACAGCGGAAGUGUAGUCAAGAUCCUAAUUGCGCUCUUUGGGACGAAGAGAUGCUCCUCGAAGUCCGAGAGCGCAACCGUCAACGACCUCAACUGCCAGGCGCAGAUGCCGGAAUGUUACCUGCCCCUCCUCCGAUGGACAUUCCUCCAUACGCCCCUGAGGAAGCUCGCCAUACAGAGUUUGACUGGCUGACGCAUUGGGGAAUGCGGUUCAAGCUUCACGAGUUCACGCACAGCAUGGUCAAGCGCCUUCAAUGUGGCUACUGUCACACCCGCGUGCAAUCCCUUCGAGAACUGGAGGUGCACCUGAGCAUGGCUUAUCACCCAACUUAUGCGUGCUGCCAUAGAUUUUUCCGUACCCGCACCCAUUUCCACCAGCACCAGAUGGCUCGCACGAGACUCGGGUAUCAUCAGGAUGCAUUUGCCAGAGAUUGACCGCGUUCAUGGCUUUUGUUGAACGUCGCUUUUUUGGGUACACUUAGGUUACAUCUGGAUUAUGUUCGUGCCUCUGUCGUGCUCACUCGUUCCUGGAGGCCCGGGUUGUUGAUUUGCGACCGUACUUCCUGUGAUAAUUCUCCUAUUCUUGCUCAGGUUUUUCUGUGACAGUGUCUCAAAUCAAUGGUACUCGAUAAUGAUGCA